UCCCGGCGGUGUAACCGGAGAGAGAGGGGCCUCCUCGCUGAGAGGAAUGCAGGACUGCAAUGGAGCACAAUGCAAUACAGUGGGUCGGUGCUCCCUCCUGCCAGCGAGGCAGCUACGCCUUCUACAAGUCGGUGAGCAGCAGAACCCGGCCGGACGGGCCGGUCCAGGUGUGGAAGCUCGGGGAGUUCUACUUCAUCCGAUGUGGGCCGGAGGAUCCCGUGUGCAUCGCUGAGGUGACCUUACUAUGGGAGGAUCAAGCACGGCGCCACCUGCUGGCCAGCGCCAGGCUCUACUUCCUGCCGGAGGACACGCCGAAGGGCCGGACCAGAGAACACGGAGAGGACGAGGUUGUGGCCGUGUCCAGGAAGAUGGUGGUGCGGGUCGAGGACUUGGUGCGAUGGUCCUGUUCAGAACCCACAGAUUGGAGCAGAAACCCCGCUGCCGCCCGACGGGACCAACGGGCUCCACAGGCCCCCGCCCAGCAGCAACAACACCCAAGACCUACUGGAGGAAAAAGACAUGCUCCUGGAAACGACGCGCCGCAGCACCCGGGGGUCAAAGUGCUCAGCUACCCGCAGUACUGCCGCUUCCGCUCGCUGCAGAGACGCAUCCAGGACGGAGCGAGGGGCGCCGUGCUGCAGGACCCCCACCUGCUGGCCCUGGGGGGCAUCAAGGUUCUGCCCAACGCCCGGGUCUUGUACUGCAGGGACACGUUCAACAACCCGGCGCUGGAGGGCAGCGCCUGCUUCUCCUGGCAGUUCAGGUGUCCGUCUCUCAGUCUUCGGGGACGACCUCGCAAGAGGAGAAGCCGCGACAGCCGAGACUCGCCGACCUCCAGCCAGUCAGAGUCCUGGAUCGACAGGAUGAAGGAGAACGUGAUGGGCAGCGUGGAGGUGGGCUGCGAGGGCAGCUGGCUCCCCCACCCCGAGGAGCAGCUGUUCCUGGAUCAGCUCUACGUCUUCAUGGAGCACCACGGGGCGCCCAUCCACAAAGUCCCCAACCUGGGCUUCAAGAAGAUUGACCUCUUCCUCAUGUACUCCGCGGUCAGACGGCUCGGAGGAUACAAAAAGGUGACCGUGGACCGGCUGUGGAAGGUGGUUUAUAACGAGCUGGGAGGAUGUCCCGGCAGCACCAGCGCUGCGACCUGCACCAGGAGACACUACGAGAGGCUGCUGCUGCCGUACGAAGAGCACCUCAGAGCCGGAGGAGCCGAGUUCAAAAUCCCGGAGUCCCCGGUUCCACCGAGACCCAGAGGGAUACGAGGACGGAAACCUCUUCACCGAGGCAGGAAGCCCGGUCCGAAACCCAAAGAGAAGAAGGUGCUGCCCGCACCGCCCGCUCUUCCUCCUCCCACUAUCGUGGACGGUUCUGGACAGAUCGUGGACGGUUCUGGACAGUCUGUGAACCCAAACGGACCCGUCGUGGUGAAACGAGGCAGAGGGCGCCCGCCGGGCACUCGAAACAAGUCCACCCUGGUGGCUCAGGCCAAACUUCUGGCCCAGCAACAAGCUGAAGACAAAGUCCCAGCAGCCGAGACGCAGCAGCCGAUCCCCUUGCUUCCAGCUAAAGGCAGAGGAGGCGUGGUGAGCAGAGGAGGCGUGCUGAGCAGAGGAGGCGUGCUGAGCAGAGGAGGCGUGCUGAGCAGAGGAGGCGUGCUGAGCAGAGGAGGCGCGCACCGGACCAAACCCAAGGAGCUGAAACCGGACCGAGGGGAGUCGGCGGCUCCCUCCUCCACGGUGCUCCUCUCCGCUUUGCCUCGUUUUGUCGGCGGUUUCAGCCCCAUCAAAGGCGUUUGUCCUCUGGAUGUCUUCAGGAACCGCGUCAGCCUUCAGAGGGCCCCCGACAGUCCGGCCCUGACCCCCCAAGUCCCGACGCAGCGCCACCCGGCCAUCUACACCCUCCAACCCAAGAGUGGAAGCCCCGACCCCCCUCAUCCCAGCACGGACCAGCUCCAGCCUCAUCUGCUCCACCAGCACCAGAACCACUGCUCGGGGUGCAGCACGGAGGAGGGGGGGGCGAGAGGGGCCGGCCGGGACCCCCGGAGCCGACCUCCCCUGCCCCCCCUCCGGGUCCUGCCUCUGAACCUGGACUGCGACGUCCAGGUGAGCCAGCUGAUGAGGACUCACCAUCUGGACUCGUCUCAGCUGCAGUCCUUCACCCGCCGUCUCUCCGAGGCCCUGUCCCAGGACCUGAGCAUCAAGCCUGCCUGCCCCCCCAUCACCCCUCCCCCCGAGCAGGCUCUGCCCCUCAACCUCAGCAAACGCUUCGCGCCCAAAAGAACCAGCACAGACGGGCCGGAGCCGAGCCGGCAGUCCGUCAAUGGGAUCACAGACCCACCGGGGGCCAAGAACCACAGACCCAGCUUCCAGGAACAGGCACAGGAUUUCAGCCUGGGGGGGCUGUCCAGCUCUGGAGUCAGAGCCGGAGGGUCAAACGUGGAGCUGAGGAGCCAGGAGGAACCCGCGGACCUCAGUUCCCCCAGCAGGAUCCGGGCCUUUCUGCUCGGCCUGCCGCCCUUCCAGGUGAAACUGGAGGAAGACCUGAACGGGACGAGGUUCGGUAAAUUUCCUCCGUCAGAGUCCGCAACCCAGAGGCUCGGGGCCAAGGAGGGAGGAGGCACCGUGGAGGUGAAGGAGGAGGAGCAGACAGUCAAUAAACUUCAGAAGUUGGAGGAGAGAGAUCCGGCUCUGUGUUCUGGUCCUCUAGAGCUGACGGGAGCCGGGCCCUCGAAUGCCGACACGCACUGUUUUUAGCAUCUGUUCAGGUUUUAGGAUUUAAGACCAGGACCCUGGACGGGUCCACCACGGGACCGCUAACCGGCAAAGCAGGAACGUUGUUCGAUAACUCCUGACAUCACGCUUUGCUCUCGUCAUUUCCGCUCAUUCGUUGGUUUUUCGAUGGAUGGAAAGCAUCAACGCAGCGACUCCUGACAAUCAUUUCCCGUCCUCUUCUCUGUUGGGUGGGAACUAAAGAACCAGGAGUGACCCGGAGUUUGUAACGAACACUGCCACGACCCUCCACGACCCUCCACGACCCUCCACGACCCUCCACGGCCCUCCACGACCCUCCACGACCCUCCACAACACUACGGCUUCGUUAUUCAGCGUUCCGCAGAAACGUUGAAGAAGAUCCUCGUCAGAAUGAGAUCUCAUCUACGGGUGAUGCUAUGCAUCCACACGUCAUGAAACAGCAUCCAGAGCGUACUGUAGUCUGCUAGUAUCAUUUUUAAAUUCCACUCUACUUCUGUAGAGGUAUAAAUAUUUUCUGAUAAAGUGUUUAAAUGUAAUC